AUGACCAGGUCGCCGACCUCUCCUCGACAGUCCCAACCGAACGUCGAGCCGCAGCCAUCGCAAUCCAUUCCUCUGCAGGAUCUCGGUCCACGAGAGAACCUUCCGAGCGGUUCCCUCGCCGACCGCAACCUGCCUGCCAUCUCAACCUACUGGGAGGGCUAUCAGCCGCAGCAUCAACACCAUGACGAACCCGAGCUGAGUCCACACUCUCCACUCGAUGCCGCCGCUCUCCAGUUCGCGCUUCCUCCCGACUUCAACCGCGACCCUCGCGACAACGACCCUGCCCCUCAUGUCUUGCCUCAAGCCGCCUCCGCCUCUACGAACCCCUACAUCACCCAAGGCUCUUACUACGACGACACGACCCAUGAUGAUUAUUUCGAAUCCGAUCGCGCACCCUUGACGUUGACCGCACAGCCUAUAUCGGGUGCUUUGGCUACGCCCCAACAUGAGUCCCAACCAAGAUAUAGUUUUCAGACCGUCUCAGACCUGGACAAUAGCCCUUCCAGACCUCGGGAACGGUCUAACCAGAUGCUCGGAUUCGAUCUGGAGACUGGCGGCCCUGGGAAGCAUCGCGGCUAUGGAAACACGUUAGCACCAAGCGACCACCGGGGGUCGCGGUCUAACAGUACGGCUGGUGCUCUGUAUAAAGCUGGGUCUAUUGUUAGAGCCAUGUCCCAGCGUGUCGUCAACAUCAGCGGCGAGGGAGAGUCCAUCGACCAGCGGCGGCAGCGUUCCAGAUCACCAAGUGUCGACAGCCGCAGACCCUCCGUCAGUCCUGGCCAUGCCUCCUUCAACACGGGCAUGAUGGAUACGUCAUAUACCUCCCAAGUCUAUCCAUCUUCGCCCGGCGAGAAAAGGGGGCAGUUUGACUGGUCCUACGCCGAGGCACCUUUGCCUCCUCGCCGAGGGGGUCCAAUGCCUAACCCCUUGAAGGGGCGUUCCCUCGGUAUAUUCCAUCCUGAUAGCUUCAUCAGAAGGAAGCUGUGCGAUAUCCUGGUGAAUCCUUAUCUGGAGCCCACGUUGCUGGUUCUGAUCGUUCUUCAAGCCGUCUUACUUGCGGUUGAAGCGGCAAAAAACGUUUACGAACCCGGGAAUGGACGGCCGGGGCUUUGGGAUCCUUCGUCUGCUAUCAAUUGGGCACUCCUUACUCUCUUUAUCAUAUUCUCCGUUGAGAUCAUUUUUCGUAUCAUUGUUUCGGGUUUCGUCAUGAACGCUGCCGAAUAUAGCACCAUUGAUCGCAAGAAAGGCAUCCGCGGCGCCAUCUCGGACAAAUACGACGCUGUAUUCCGCCCCCAGCGUCAAAAGUCUGUCAAGGGUUCUCGAGAGGACGAGUAUGGGCCAUCAACAUUCGGUCGUUCGUUCACCAUGAGGCAUGGCCCGCCGGAAACCGUCGAAGAGCAGCAACGAAUGCAACUCGCCCGUCGGGCUUUCCUGCGACACGGCUUCAACCGACUUGAUUUUAUAGCCGUCGUGUCGUUCUGGAUUGCCUUUGUGCUUAGCAUCACAGGUCUAGAAGCGGAACAUCAUCUGUUCAUCUUUCGCAUGCUAAGCUGUCUUCGAAUCGUGCGACUUCUUGCUCUCACGAACGGAACCGCGAUCAUUCUGCAGAGCCUGAAGACAGCAACGCCUCUUCUUCUUCGGGUCUCGUUCCUGAUCGGGUUCUUCUGGCUGUUGUUCGCUAUUGUGGGAGUGCAAAGCUUCAAGUCAAGUCUGAGCCGACAGUGCGUGUGGCGGGAUCCUUUGCAACCGGAUAACUUUACUGCGGCUUACACAAACGACAUGACCUUCUGUGGCGGUCACAUUGACAACGUCACCGGCCAUCCAACACCCUGGGUCCGAAGCGCCGUACCUGAAUCAUUCGAGGGUCUCAAAUCAGUGACGGGCAGCCCCAAAGGCUUCAUCUGCCCCCAGAAUUCGAUUUGUCUUGAGCAAACAAGUCCUUACAACCAGACUGUGAAUUUCGACAAUAUCGUCAAUUCGCUGGAGCUGGUUUUCGUCAUCAUGAGUGCCAACACUUGGUCGGAUCUCAUGUACUAUACAAUAAACUCAGACUUCCAACCCGCGGCCCUCUUCUUCGGCGCUGGCAUCAUGAUCAUGAUGUUAUGGCUGACCAACUUGCUCAUUGCGGUGAUCACUUCAUCUUUCCAGGUCAUUCGGGAGGAGAGCAAGGCUAGCGCCUUCACCGCAGAGCAAGAGCCACUCAUACCCGCUCACGAAGAGCGGUCGCAGAGAGCCUCAACCCUGCAGAAGAUGUACGACAGAACCUCUCUGGUCUGGGUCGUCCUCAUUGCAUACGACCUUUUUGCCCAGGCAUGGCGUAGCGCAGACAUGUCGAAAACUCGAUCCGACUUCAUUGCCAUCAGCAGUAUCGUCGUCACUGCCCUCCUCGACAUCGAGAUCCUCAUCAGGAUUGCGGCCAACUGGAGAGGUUUCCAUCGGAACGUCCGCAAUGUUGUUGACCUGCUCCUCGCAAUUGUGAACACGGUCAUAAUACUGCCGCUUGGACUGAGUGGCCAGACAUACGCGUGGUUGACGCUUUUCCAAAUCCUACGCGCAUAUCGUGUGGUGUUAGCCAUUCCAAUUACCAGAAACUUGAUCGUGUUGGUCCUCGGAAACGCAACGGGUAUCGGGAAUCUCAUUGUCUUCGUGUUCCUGAUCACAUUUAUCAUGGCCAUCUUCGCUGUUCAGCUUUUCCGAGGGGAGCUUCCGCUUUACGACGACGGCGGCGAUCUGGUUCGAAUUUCGUUCUACAACAUCUUCAACUCGUUUCUUGGCAUGUAUCAGAUAUUGUCCAGCGAAAAUUGGACCGACGUCCUCUACAACGUUACUUCGUACACGACUGCGGUAAAUUCGUCGUGGUACGGCGCUCUUUUCCUGAUCGGCUGGUUCAUCCUCUCAUUCUUCAUCAUCGUCAACAUGUUCAUUGCUGUCAUCCAGGAGAACUUUGACGUGUCUGAAGACGAGAAGCGGUUGGAGCAAGUCAAGGCGUUCUUGCAACGGAAGGAGCUGGGCAGCAAUGCUAGCAGCAACGUUGCUCUUUCGGAAAUUUUCACAUUUGGGAAAACACGGCGAAGACGGGACCCGCUCGACUACGGCCCAGCCACAAUGGAAAUGUUAUUGAAGGAUGCUGUUGUGCGGGAAUUCCUCGACGAUUCUAUGGACACCCUACACCAGGGUUCUAAUGACGGCCGGACGCCGCCGACAGAAACUAUGGGGGCCCAGGAAAUGGGAUUGGAAGUCCGACCUGGUCUCAUGUCCACGGUAUGGGGCAAGAUGCAAAGAUUAUUCACCAGCAGGGACCCGAACCCGUUUUAUUCAAACAUUCAAUUCGACGGUCCUAACGAUACCCUGGAUCCGCGACAGAUGGCCCGCCAGGUCGUUGGUGCUACUGCCGAACGACGUAAAGCGCAAAGAGAGUACGUUGCUCGGCAUCCCACCUAUAACAACGCACUUUUCAUCUUCACCCCUACAAACCCGAUUCGUCGGCUCUGCCAGCGAAUGGUCGGGCCGGGAAGGGGCACUGAACGGUUCGAUGGCUUGGAGCCAAACAAGAUUUUCUGGUAUAGCUUUUCCGUGUUCAUAUACGCCGCCAUCAUCGCUAUGGUGCUUCUCGCUUGUAUAACUACGCCACUGUACCAGAAAGAAUAUCUCUCGGAACAUCACAUGGUGGCGGUCGACGAUCGAUACACCACAUGGUUUGUCUGGGUUGAUCUGGGCUUCGCUGUCGUGUUCUCGGUCGAGGCCGUGAUCAAGAUCAUUGCUGAUGGCUGGUUCUUCACACCAAAUGCCUAUUAUCGAAGCUCGUGGGGUAUCAUCGAUGGCGUGGUGCUCGUCACCCUAUGGAUCAACGUUCUCACGCUACUCGCGUACGAUGGAGAUGUCUCUAGAGUUGUGGGUGCUUUCAAGGCUCUUAGAGCUCUCCGCCUACUCAAUAUCAGCAACACCGCUAGAGACACAUUCCACUCUCUGAUUAUAGUGGCUGGAUGGAAGAUUCUCAGUGCUGCUUUUGUGUCCCUGUCCCUGUUGAUUCCGUUCGCCAUCUAUGCUCUAACUCUAUUCAAUGGGCAACUUCAAAGCUGCAACGAUGGCGAUCUGACCAAUCUCACAGACUGCUUCGGAGAGUUUGAGAGCGCGCCUUUCAACCCCGACUGGCCCCUCCUUGCUCCUCGCGUUGCCGGUAACCCUUACUUCAGUUUCGACGAUUUCGCAUCUUCCUUGUUCACUCUCUUCCAGAUUGUGUCACAGGAGGGCUGGGUCGAUGUUUCGUUUGCCGCACAGGCGAUCGUUGGUCGUGGAAUCCAACCGCAGGACAUGGCAACACAAGGCAAUGCCAUGUUCUUCGUAGUAUACAACUUGCUCGGUACCGUGUUCGUCCUCACUCUGUUUAUAUCUGUCUUCAUGCGGAAUUACACGGAACAAACAGGGGUGGCAUUCUUGACGGCCGAACAAAGAUCGUGGCUUGAGCUCCGAAAAUUACUACGCCAGAUCUCACCAUCGAGGAGUUCGUACGAUGACUCAGAGAACAAGUGGAAGAAGUGGUGCCACAAGCGAGCAAUCGAAAAGCGAGGCAAGUGGUACACGGGGAUCACUGUUGUCCUCGUUUUGCAAGUCAUCUUGCUGAUGCUGGAGUUUUACCCCGAGCCGGACUGGUGGACACGGACACGAGAUAUUGUGUUCUUGAUCUUUACACUGAUCUUCAUUGCCAACAUCGUCGUACGAAUCGUUGGUCACGGCUGGACACGGUUCAGAAGAAGUUCCUGGGACGUCUACUCGCUUAUUGCCGUGUUCGGGGCCUUCGGAACAUCGGUGCUGUUGGUUACGCGGCAAGGUGCAGAGACAUUCAUCCAACUCCACAAGUUCUUCCUCGUCGGCAUUGCUCUGCUCCUCAUUCCACGAAAUGAUGCCUUGGACCAGCUUUUCAAAACCGCGGCAGCUAGUCUGACGACCAUCAUCAACCUGCUGGCCACGUGGCUCGUGUUCUUUCUGGUCUUUGCUAUCGCCCUCACGCAAACGUUCAGCUUGACGCGCUUUGGUGGCUCAGAAGACACCCAGGUCAACUUCAGGACGGUACCGAACGCGCUCAUCUUGCUCUUCCGCAUGAGUGUCGGUGAGGGAUGGAAUCAGAUCAUGGAAGAUUAUGCAAACAUUGGCCCUCCGCUUUGCGUUGAAAGUUCGGAUUUCUUCGAUAGCGAUUGUGGUAGUACCUCCUGGGCAAGAUUCCUCUUCAUUGCCUGGAACCUAGUCAGCAUGUUCAUCUUCGUCAACUUGUUCAUCUCGCUCAUAUACGAGAGUUUCAGUUAUGUGUACCAACGCUCCAGCGGAAUGGCGCACAUUGACCGACAUGAGAUUCGAAGAUUUAAAGAGGCAUGGCGCAGUGUUGAUCCAGCAGGUACCGGCUUUAUCACCAAGGAAGCGUUCCCAAGGCUGCUCGGCGAGCUGUCGGGUAUUUUUGAGAUGCGAGUAUACGAUUCGCAAGACUCUGUGCGGCAGAUCCUGGAAGACGUCCGAUGCGACGACCAGCCUACGAGACAUGCGUCUAUUGCUACAGCCGGUGGGAGUGUGGUGAAUGGCGUGGACCUCCAGAAACUAAACCAGCGACUAGCUCGGAUUGACGUGCAAAAAGUCCGGGAAAGAAGACGCAAUUUCAACCUCUUCUACGAGGAAGUCCUAGUAUCUGCAGAUGCUGAAAGGGGCAUUUCCUUCACGACAGUGCUGAUGGUCAUGGCGCUUUAUAAGAUCAUCAACGACAGCAAAAGUCUAAAGCUGGAGGAGUUCCUGCGGCGCCGUGCGCGGCUUCAACGAGUUGAAGAGCAAGUCCGUCGUAGGGUGGUUCUUGGAUUUUUCGAUACACUUUACUGGGCUCGAAAAUUCAAGAGACACAUGGACAAGAAGCGCGCUGGACGGAUGGCGGCUGUCCCCCAACUGGACGUGCCGGAUAUCUUCGUGGAUGACGAAGCCGAUCGCCAACGAACAGUGCAACAGCGCACGACAUUGGCCGCUACGCCGGUAAACCGGAGACCGUCGGAUUUCCUGGCAGCGCCCAGCACCACGCGGCCGCAGCACAACAGCUGGUCUUCCAGCAACGAUAUAUCAACACAUGAUAACACUUAUACGCACCCCUUGAGCGCUCCACGCUCAGCACCAUCGAUGCCCGGCCAUCGCGCGGGAUCUUCGGCUUUCAGCUUUGAAGUGCAAGAGGGCGCCAACUCUGGCGAGAACAGCCGACGCACCAGCGCGGUGGUCAGCCCGGCGCAGGUCAGAAGCUUCCUGGACGACUCGAUUUGGGCUGAGAGUAUCCGCCGAAGCGCGACGGUACGCAAAUCCGUGGGACGGUCCAGUAGUCGCCAAUGA